GCGACGCGUGUCGCUUUAUCAUUUUAUUUCAAUGGCUGAGAUUUGCUCUGUCCCUUCAACUGCCUUUAACUGUCAAAUCGCCCGUUUUCCUCGAUUUUUGACUAUUUAACUUUCUUUUCUUAAAACGUCAAAACACUUUCGCUCUUUUCUUCAAACUUUUCUCUCUCUUUCUCAAAUCUUCUCCUUUGUUCCUGCGAGUUAUUUUUUCGGCGUUGUUUCUGUUGCUGACUGCGGUGCUUGCGGAAGUGUUGUACCUCGGUUCUGGGCUGCUAAAUUUCCGUUGUGCGAGAAGGUAUAGUCUUUUUUGUUUUUGUUUCUUCCUUCGUAUAGGUUUAUAUUUGGGUGUAAUGUCGAGUGAGCGAGAUAGUGAUAAUGUGUUGAGUGGGGCUGGGUAUGACGAUGUUGACCCUGCGUCUACCUCUGAGGAUGUCAAUUUUGAGGAUGAUGAUAAGCCGUCUGCCUCUGACUAUUUUGAGCCGUCUUACGAGGAUGCUGCAAAGGAAUUACAGGCUCACAUGCGCAAACAGGAUGCCGUCAGGGGUGCCCAUCUAGAGGACGUGGCUGGUGGGAGCCGUCAGAUGGAUGAAGGGGAGGUUAGCAGUCGUGCUAACGAUGUUGCGGGGUCCGAUAACUCCGCCGGUAGCGUUGGGGGAGAUGAUGAGGAUGCAGGGGAUUCAAUUUUGGAGUCUGAUGAUGAUAUUGGCCGGUUGUGGGAUGAUGGUGAAGACGUGACCUCUCUGUGUGAGCAGGUUUUGAGAGAAGGGGAUCUGGAUGUGGAACCAGAUUCCGAUACGGAGGAGAUGAGCUACAGGGUUGAGAGUCCUCCUCCUGCUGGUAGUGCCGUUUACAAAGCUAAAAUAAUCAAAUCUUUCCGUGAUAGGGCUAUCAAAGACGACCAUCCGCGCUGGGCCAAAGAGUAUUUGAAACUGCCCAAAGGGUACCGUCUCGUGAUUCCUGCUGAGGGGAGUGUGAUUUUGGAUUGUCCUCCUGAUCAUAUCGGCGUGUAUGCCCAUCAUCUAGAUUUCGGCCUCCGAUUUCCUCUUCAUCCUUUUAUAGAGAAGGUAUUCCGGGCUUGGAAUGUAUGGUUGGCGCAGGUAACGCCUCAGGUAGUGAGGAAUGUUGUGGCUUUUACCUGGCUGCUAUCUUUUAAACAAUGGCCCCAAACCAUUAAUCUGUUUAGGCGGCUGAUUUGGUUGAAAAGUACAAGAAGAAGUCUGGAUGGUGGUCUUUUUACACCAAGGCAAGCAAAAUGA